AUGCCCCCUCUCGCGGCCCUCACAUGGCGCGGCCUCUCUGCCAACCACGCGCUGCCAUGUCUCGGGAACCUGCGCUACUGCAUAGCGCGGCUUCAGCCCCAACCUCGGCCGUUCUUCUGCGCCCCCUCCCUGGCUCGAUCCCUGGCCAUCGAUAGGCCGCGGAGUCGUCGGCACGCCUCCCACACCGACGACCGACGACCCUUGGCCCCUGCCGAGCCGGGGAUUCGAUACACUGAGGUGGACGAGCAUGGAACCAUAACACCAUUCGUCACGUCCACACGGGCCGAGCUCCUGUCAAAAUACGGCCUAGCCCCUCGCGACAUCCGCAAAAUCGACACGUCCAAGCUGUCGCACAUCUUGAUCCGUCCCACCACCGUCCUCCUCCAUCUCUUCGACUUCAAGGUCCUGGUCCAGAGGAAUCGCGUUCUCCUGUUCGAUGAUGGAAAAGCUCCGUCUCCCGAAUGCCCCUCGCAGAUUCUCUCAACCCCGCGCGCCGACCUCCUCCGCGACCUCCAAGACCGGAUCCGCCAGCAACAGCUCGAGGGCCAGGGGUAUGAUGAAUACUACAAGGCUCUGCCGUACGAGUUCCGCGCACUUGAGGCAGUGCUGGGGGCCGUAGUAACGCAGCUGGAACGCGAGCUGGAUGCCAUCCAUGAACCUGCCGCGCGGAUCCUGCGCUCACUCGAGGAGGAUGACGCAUCUGCCGCCGACGAUGGGCUCGUCAUGGACCGCCGUAAGCUACGGGCCCUGCUGGGCCUCUCGGACCGCGUCACGCGCUUCGCGCGGCGGGCUGAGCUGGUGCGCUCCGCGGUCGAGGACGUGCUCGACUACGACGACCGCCUAGCCGCGCUUUAUCUGACAGACCGCGCAGCGGGCCGCGCGCGCCGGGCCGCCCACGACGAUCUCACAGCCAUCGAACUCCUGCUCGACUCAUACUACAAGGCCUACGAUGAGAUUGCGCAGGAGGCGCAGAACCUCGUGUCCAGCAUCCGCAACACCGAAGAGAGCAUCAGCGCCAUCCUAGACGCCAACCGCAACCUGCUUAUGGUCCUGGACCUCAAAUUCCGCAUGGGCACCCUCGGCCUCGCCACCGGAUCCUUUGUCACUGGCUUCUACGCCAUGAAUAUCUUUAGCCAUAUUCGGGAGUUUGACUGGGCCUUUCCCGGCGUCUCUGCCACAUCGGCCGCUCUUGCCGUGGCUAUUGGUUGUUAUGGCCUGCUCGUCUUGCGCAAGUUUCAUCCCAUCGACUCGGGCGCAAUCGAUCUACUCCCGUCCGAUCUUUCCGGCUACGUAUCAGAUUAG